CCGCCGCCGCCGCCUCUGCGGGCUGAGGGAGGACGGGACCGGGCUGAACCAUGGCGCUGCUGCGGGGAAGUUGGGGGGCGUUGAGGGUACUGGGCCGGCCCGCCGCCUUCUGGGCCCCCGCCGCCGCCGCCGACCGCGGGCUGCUGGAGCCGCCCCCGCCGAGCAGUUCUAUCUGUGGAUUGGAAUGGUUUAUGAAAGACUGUACUUUAUCUAAUGCUCCAAAGAAACCUUGGUCUUCAUACAUUCGUUUUUCAAUGGACUUUCGACCCAUACUCAAAGAACAAAAUCCAGAUUUGAAAAGCACCGAGAUAGUCAAGAAGCUUGCUGAAGCUUGGAGGGAGCUUCCAGAGUCACAGAAGAAAGUAUAUAAAGAAGCUACUGAGGCAGCUUUUAAAAUAUACAGAGAAGAGGCCUUGAAAUAUAAAUCAGAGCUCGAUCAUAAUCAGAAAAAAGUUUUGAAAGAAGAGAGCCGUCGAAAGAAGGCUAGAAAGGAAUUAAUAAAGAAAAAAAGAGAAUUAACCAUCUUUGGAAAGCCCAAAAAACCUCGCUCAGGUUAUAACAUUUUUAUUUCUGAACACUUUAAGGAAGCGAAAGGAUCUUCAGCACAGCAAAUGAUGAAGGUUUUAAAUGAAGAGUGGAAAACUCUGUCAUCAUCUCGGAAGCAGGUAUAUCAACAACUUGCCGAAGAUGAUAAAAUUCGUUAUGAAAAUGAAAUUAAAUCGUGGGAAGAAAAAAUGCUUGAAAUUGGACGAGAUGAUCUUUUACGUUUUAGGAAGCUAAAAGCCAAAAUUGGAAAACACCUUGAGGACAUCUAUUGAUGUUUGCUUCUUCAUAGUGAAUAUGAUAAAUAUUCACGAACCAAUCAGGUCUCUCUCUACGCAGGACUAUGACAGACUUUCUAAGAAUGAUGUUGGUGAACAUUUUAUAUUAAUCUCUCUCUCUUUUUUUUUUUUUGGUUAGGCAGUGGGGUUAAGUGACUUGCCCAGGACCACACAGCUAGUAAGU